UGGACGUAAUUCUUGCAGAGAAGAGGAAACCGUGUUGGAAGUGUGACCAUGUGUUGUUGGUGUUUAGCUUCUGCCAAACUGUUUACAUUCCAUUUUUCUCAGCUGAUUGACUUCUUUUAAAUGGUCAUGGCAUCGGAACCAUGUCUCUUUGCAUGGCUUCCCGAUUCCUUGAUUCUCAUGAUCUUUCAGAAUCUACCCGUCAAAUCCCUGUGUAUUUGUGCAGCUGUGUGCAGAAGAUGGAAGAAAAUUGCUAACGACCCUGUUUUGUGGCGAACAGUUGACAUCAGAAGUUAUUCUUGUGAUUUAAAAGCUCUGAAAAUCUUAAUGAAAGCACAUUUUCAAAGUUCACUUCAAUGCCUGAAACUGCAAGGAUUCCGAAGAAAUUCUAGACGUCCCAUCAAAUGGAAUUGUAAAGUUAUUUCUAACAAAGUUCUGGAAGAUUUGCGUAACAAAUGUCCCAAUCUCAAUAAUUUGAGUUUAAAAUCAGUUAAUAUACAUCAUAUUGAUGGUAACAAGUUAAUGCCUUCAUUAAUUCAUUUAACAAUUAAAAGUUGUAUGUGGACACCAAAUUGGUUUUGUGGACUUCAGAAUCAAAUUCCUAAUCUUCAAACAUUGAAUUUGUCAAUGACAACACGAGUGGAUGAUUUAGAUAUGAAAGACAUCUCAGCUUUCCGAUUCUUAAAAAAACUUUACAUUAAUUAUUGUUAUCGCGUGACAGAUAACGGUCUGAAAACGGUGUGUGAUAACCUGACACAUUUGGAAACAUUUGAGUUUUCAAAGGUCAGUUGUACCGACAGUGGAAUCUAUUAUAUCGCUAAUUCCUUACUCAUGUUACAAAAUGUAAAUGUUGCUCAUUGUACGAUGUUGAGUGGGAAAAGUUUGGAAGAAUUAUUACGGAAGAAACAGUCUUUGAAAUGGAUAAAUGUAAGUUAUUGUACAUUGAAUCCUCAUGAACUGGAACUGUUGAGCCAAUGCCGGGAAGAUGUUUUGGUUUAUAGACAAUCAAAACUUGCCGAAUUCUUGGAUUAAAGUAUUUAUAACAGAACGUUCCAGAGACACCAACUAAUAAAUUUAAUUUUUUUUUCUUUUAAUAUUUGAUAAACUUGUAAAUAUUUCUUCAGAGAUGUUCUUAAUAAAUUUUCCAUGAGAUACUCAGACA